UCGGAAGCGAUCGGAAGAUGAAAUAAACAACAAAGCUAAUGAUUCAUAAUUUUCGAAUUGGCAUUUUUUUCCAAGUCAUUUUAGAUAUUACGAGCGAUCGAGUUCAAGAAUGACUGAAAGAAAGUCAAGACGAAGAAAACGUGAGGACGAGGAUUCUGAUGAAGAGGAAGAUGGAGCAAGCGAUGAACAAACUGAAAUCGCCAAAUAUCUUAGGUUUAAUUGCGAAACAAAAUCAUCGAAUUUUAAGAGCCAAAAAGUGGAAUAUUUUAAAGGAUCAAAGGCUAUUGACUGUCUCCUCGAUUCAAAAUGGGCCAGCGGCAAAGGAGGAACGGAAAUCCUGUUCACAGACAGAGAAUCUGUUCGAGAUUAUCUUAAAAUACUGCUAGAAAUGGAGAUGUUCAAACGUGUGACAAGAGUUAGAAAAAAGAAGAAAGGAGAGAAGGAUGAAGGAAAGAAAGGUACCAAGGACUCGCCAAAACCAGGCAAAAGCAAAAAGGAAACGAACGACGGAAAGAAUGGAGAAUCAGAAGGCAAGAAGAUAAAGGUUAAAGUGAAGUUGGAAAUUCAUGACAUGCAGGAAUUUUUUGAUGGCGAUGAGGUUUACAUGUGGAUAUUCGAUCCGGUUCAUCCCAGAACGAUUAUCUAUGGAGUUUUAGUUGUCAUCGGCGCAGUCGUCAUCUGCCUGUUCCCCUUGUGGCCACCGCAAAUGAGAGAAUACACGUGGUACAUAAGCGUGGGACUUGCUAUACUCCUUGGAUCCUUAAUUGUAGUGGCUUUGUUGCGUUAUGUGUUGUUUGGUUUCGUGUGGGUGAUAACAGUUGGAAAACAUCACUUCUGGCUUUUGCCAAACCUCACAGAGGACUGUGGUUUUUUUGAAUCGUUUGUGCCGCUUUAUACACACACUUCUGCGGGGACAGAGGAGGAGGAGGAUGAUGGCAAAACGGAGAAAUUGGAUGAUAAAGACGAUAAUGAUGGGACUCCAAAGGAUCAAAAGGAGGGAAACGAGGAUGAGAAAAAAGAAGCAAGGACACCAAAGAUGAAGAGGAUAAAGAUGAUCAUGAGGGUGAUGAAGGCACUUCGGAAGAAAAGAAAGAUGAACAUUUUCUACCGAGACCCAAAGAACCACACGAGGCGGAAUCCUGGAUCAAUGUCACAGAGGAAGAUAUCGCGCAAGCAAAACAGGCUACUGGGAAGUCGGACAAUGAAACAAAAACGUCACCUGCUGCAUGUUAACAGACCAGAAAAAGAUAUAUUAGGUGUUACGAAUUUGUAUUUUAGCACAGGGGUAAAGAACCGAAGUCAGAUACUUUGAUUCAAACCUGUAUACAUGCCCAGCCAGAAAGAUUUGUUUAAUAAAUAUAAUUUACUUGGUA